AGUCACCGUUUCGAACCCACUCCGACGCAACUUUUUUUUUUUCCCCUUCUCUUUUUCAUCUUGUUCUCUGUAAACCUAUAACGCCCACCCCUCGCCGACUUCUUUUGCUCGGAGGAGCCACAAGACUUCCUCUUUCUCCUUCCUUUGCCCCCUCAUCAGGGAAUAGAGAAAAAGAAAAAAAGGAAUGGACUUUGAUGACGAAGACAAGCCAAAAGAGGUCACCAAAGCCCGGAGGUUCGCACCGGGCCGCGCCGGAAAGUCCAAACCCAAACCUAAACCCGAACCAACUGCUUCCGAGAAAGCUGAGCCGUCGUCUUCACAAGCUAAUGCUCCUCCUUCCGAGCCUGUGAGCAAGAGUGAGCACGACGUUGAUGCCAAGGUUGAACCUCAGGUCUUUAACGGCCCUGUUAAGAUGGAGAUUGAUUCAAAAGUGGACGAGGAGCCGGAGACUACUACUACUACUACUACGGAGGUUGAGAUGAUGGAGGAAGAUCAUCAUCAUCUUCCAUUGCAGGAGGAGGAGGAUGAGGAGGAGAAGGAAGAAGACGUUGUUGUUCGUGAGAUUGACGUUUUCUUUAAUCCCUCUAUUGAUGCCAACACUAAGCUCUAUGUUCUACAAUAUCCUCUAAGACCGUCUUGGCGUGCAUACGAAAUGGAUGAACGGUGUGAAGAAGUUAGAGUGAAUCCUUCUACCUCCCAGGUGGAAAUCGAUUUGUCAAUGGAUGUUCAUUCGAGCAACUAUGACCCUGAACUUGGAAGUAAACUACGUAUGACUAAGCAGACAUUGACAACAACAUGGAAGCAGCCUCCUACGUUGGAUUAUGCUGUUGGGGUUCUUUCAGGUGAUAAGUUACACUUGAAUCCUGUUCACGCUGUUGUUCAGCUCCGACCCUCUAUGCAGUAUCUUUCUUCCAAAAAGAAUCAAGCCGAAGCUACCGAAGAAUCUGCCGGAACAUCAAAAAGACAGAACAAGGGAGCGCAGCAGGCUUCGACGGAUCAGAAACCAGUUCCUGAAGAAUGGGUUUCACUCAAGUAUCACGGACUUCAAUCCGAAUUUUGCUCCAAAUAUCUUAACGGAAUGAUGGCUAAUGGGAACUCUUCAAUAGACUUCAACUUGAGCCCGGAUGCUUAUAUCAACUCACUGUGCCGUGGAGAUAACAGCAGACACUUUGAGUCAAAAGCUUUAUCGAAAAGGUUAUUGGCCUCCCUACCGCUUGAAGAACGUCUGGAAACGUUGCUCUGCCAGAAACAGGGACCACCGGUAUUUCGAUACAGUGUUCUCAAGCACUACGUCCCAGAGUUAUCAGACGAGAAUUUUUUAAUCGUCCUCCAACGAUACGCCUGUCUAGUUCAAGGUCUGUGGGUUCCCAAAACCAGGCUACUAAAACUAGACGGCGGUUUGGAGGGUUUCAGAGACUAUGUCCUGGCCCUGUUCAGCCGGAGUCUAACCAUAAAGGACUCUGAAGUUAAAACGACCAGUAGCCUCAGAGACAAGAUCAAGAGUAUGUUGAAUGUGUACGGCAAAGAAAGGCCUUUGCUAUCUGAUUGGAAGUUCAGAGAGCCACCUGAUGUUUCCUUCAUCAAAUCCCACGGGAAGAUUGCAGAGGAGCAAGCAAAGUUCUGGAAGAAUUUGGAAGAAAAGUUGAAGCCAAAGACAACACAAGGAGGAGGAGGAGGAAAAGGUAGAGGUGAUACCUCGAGGAAUGCUGUAGGAAAAAAUCCUUCAUCUACUACAGCUAAACAAGAGGUCCCAACAACUGUCUCUGAGACAGGAGGAAGUUCGAGAAGUGCAAUACCUCGUGUCCCUAGACAAAAGAUGCCUGAGGAUAUCAAGAGGGCGAUACCAAAGGCCUUGAAAAAGGUGUUUCAAGCGCAGAAAGUUUGCAGCUAUGAGACAAUCUGCCAGAGACUUAGGGAUCUUGCAGUUUCAACUUCGAAUAAUCCGAAAGUUGAUUCAGGGAUGGCGCAACAAGUGGCGUUAGCUGUGGAUUCUUACCAAGAAGAGCUACGAAUCGUUAUCAGUGAAAUGACUGUUGACAUUCACGGCUCCUUUGUCUCCAAGUCGUCUCAAGACCAUCCAGAAUAUGAUCCACUCAGGGACGUGGUGAUCAAUCUCUUACUCGGGAAUCCACCUGGAGCGAAGCUGAUGAAAGCUGAUGUAUUCGCAGCAGGGAGGAGCAUACUUGGACGUGAAAUCACCAAUAAUGAAUACCAAAAGGUGAUGCACGAUCUCUGUGAAACUAGCUCUUCAGGAUGGGUUUUACAGAAAGCUCGUUGAGAGAAAAAAUGUUUAAUGAUCUCAAAAGUUUUGAUAUUAGAUUGAUCUUUAAGAUUCAGUUAGUAACUGAGAUACUCUCGAGUGGUCUUUUGCAUUGUCCUACUUUGUUUACUUGGCUACCUUCAGUUCUAUUUUUGUCUACUUAAUAUACCUGAACUAUUGAAUCAAAA